CCACUGUGGUGUCGAUAAAAGCUUUCUACCCGUCUAUCGCCAUCGAAGUCUUUGUUUAUUUAUUUUCAGACCAACAUCUCAAACGUAAACAACGCCUCUCGAAGAUGAGUCUGCAAGAAGAGACUAUUUUGCAGUUUGCACCAUGGGAAUCCUUCGUGUCACCCACAUUCUGGCACAAACUGGCGGAAGUAAAACUGGACCAUGAUCGUCUCUCGGAUACUAAAAGGUCCAUCAGUGGACACUACACGAAUCGCAACGCCUCCGGAUGCCUCCUGGAGGUGGACUACACGGCCUACAAUAGAUCAGCCCAGCCACCAAAAUUCAGCCACGCAGCUGUCGGAACUAUUUACAAUAAAAACACCAUUGAAGAGUUCAAGGCCCUGGAUAAGGUGGCGUUGCUGGCGGAUGAGGGCAAGGAACUCGUAGCUGAUAUGCGCAGUGGUCGGGUGCUGGGGGAUCCGAGUCUUCUGACCCGCUUCUUUGUUCUCUCCUUUGCUGAUUUAAAGUCCCACAGCUACUACUACUGGUUUGGCUUUCCCUGCCCUCUCACACCCACCUUGAAGCUCCAGGGUGGAGUCCAAAAGCUGCGGGAUGUCCCCAAUAGCCAAAAAUACAAAGAAGCUUUGAAAUCCCUGCCAGCCGAGUCCCAAGCCUUCUUUAUUCUGUAUGUGAACGAGAAGGAAAAUGUCUUUGAAGCCCGAAAAUUAAAUACUUUGGAUGAAAAAGAUGUGGAACACUAUUACUUUGGCUUCGCAGAUCCCAGCGAGUACGAUCACCCGGCCUGGUUGAUGAGGAAUUAUGCUGCCUGGUUACUGAAUCAUUGCCCCUCGUUUGUCGGAAAGAAGCUCAGGUUUCUGGGCCUGCGUUACAAUCAAAAAAUGGAGGUGGAUGACAGCCGCAUCUGGGAGGUGAUCCAAACAGAGAACUGCGAUCUAGCGGAUACCACGGAGCUUAAGUUCGUGGGCUGGGAGCUCAAUAAGAAUGGGAAAAUGGGCCCCAGAAUGGUCUGCAUGAGGGACAGCAUGGAUCCGGCCAAACUGGCUGAGAACUCUGUGAACCUUAACCUGAAGCUAAUGAAGUGGCGCCUGGUACCUGAUCUCAACCUGGAAGCUAUCUCCCAAACUAAGUGCUUGCUCUUUGGAGCUGGUACCUUGGGGUGUGCUGUGGCUCGAAAUCUACUGUCAUGGGGAUUCAAACACAUAACUUUGAUGGACAACGGCAAGGUUGGAUUUUCGAAUCCAGUGCGUCAGAAUCUGUACACCCACGCAGAUGCGGUAGCUGGAAACAGGAUGAAAGCCACAACAGCAGCAGAAAGGCUCCGGGAGAUAAAUCCAAGCGCUGAAACUGUGGGACAUGUUCUGGAAAUACCCAUGCCCGGUCACACAAUCGGAGAAUCGUUGCGUGCCCAAACGGAGGAGCAUUUGAAUCUCAUUGAAAAAGCAGUGCGGGAUCAUGACGUCGUGUUUCUACUUACGGACUCACGCGAGAGCCGGUGGCUUCCCACGCUACUCGGAGCGGCUUCUAAAAAGGUGGUCAUUAAUGCGGCUCUGGGCUUCGAUAGCUACCUGGUCAUGCGACAUGGAAGCACUCGCGACGAUUCAGGCGAUGGUGGUCAGGAGAUUGAUGGACUGAAGUGCGUCCGCGGCAGUCAGUUGGGAUGCUACUUCUGCAAUGAUGUGACCGCCCCCGGAAAUUCGCUCAAAGAUCGCACCUUGGACCAGCAAUGCACCGUGACACGACCUGGAGUAUCGAAUAUCGCAGCGAGCUAUGCCGUGGAGCUACUGGUGGCCUUGCUCCAGCAUCCGCUCAGGGAACAGGCACCGGCUUACUACGCCCAGAGUGGGAAACCAGGGGAAGCGGACGGCAAGGUGCCGGAAGGUCUGUUGGGUAUUCUUCCUCACUCCAUCCGGGGAAUGCUGUGCAACUAUGAGAACAUCCUCCCGGCCACUCAAAAGUUUGCUCAGUGCAUAGCCUGCUCUAAGCCUGUACUGGAUGCCUUUAAAAACGAAGGCCAUGCCUUCCUCUUUAAAACAUUCGAGACAGCCAAGUAUCUCGAGGAUCUGACCGGCAUUUCAGAGUUCACAAGGUUAAAUAGCGAGAUAAUUGACUUUGAUGAUGAUGAAUUCGACAUGUCUGAGGAGGAUGAGGAUUGAAACUCCAU